CCAGGAGGUGGCAGGGAGCGGGCCUGUUGUGUAUUCAGAGUCUCGCCUUUGAGGCGGCGGCUAUCUGGGCUGGCUGAUAGCUCCCACAAUGAGAUGCUCUUGUGAAGCUGCGGUGUACAGUUGAUGCUGCUAUGGCGGAUAGCGUUAAAACAUUCCUUCUGGAUGUUGUUAAGGGCAUUAAAGAUUCCGUCCUCGGCAUACGAACCAUCUCCAAGCUCGAUGAGCGCAUUCACCAGAAACGGGAAGAACAAAGGAGGAAGAAGGAACAGCGCAGCGUACUGGCACAUCGCAGGGCCCAGAUCGAAGACAAAAGAGAGGAAAAUGAGCCCCGAAUAGCACACCGGAUUUUGCAGUGUUGUGCCUGGAAUGGAGGAAUAUUCUGGUUGAGUAUCCUGGUCUUCUAUCGAGUCUUUAUACCCCUGCUUCAAGCCAUCACUGCACGUAUUAUUGGUGACCCCUCAUUACAUGGCGAUGUCUGGUCCUGGCUGGAAUUUAUCUUGAACUCCACUUUCAGUGCUUUGUGGAUAUUACCUCUGUUUGUCCUCAGUAAAAUAGUGAAUGCCAUCUGGUUUCAGGACAUUGCUGACCUAGCGUUUAAAGUGUCUGGAAGGAAAGCACAACCUUUCCCCAGUAUAAGUAAGAUUAUCGCAGACAUGCUUUUCAAUCUGCUCCUGCAGGCCUUGUUCCUCAUUCAGGGACUGAUAGUGAGUCAUUUUCCGAUUGAAAUUAUUGGACAGCUGGGGAGCCUAUUUCACAUGUCGAUGCUGUAUUCUCUCUAUUGCUUUGAAUACAAAUGGUUCAACAAUGGAAUCGAGAUGCAUCAGCGCUUGUCCAACAUUGAAAGGAAUUGGCCUUAUUAUUUUGGUUUUGGAUUGCCAUUGGCUAUCCUCACUGCUCUGCCAUCAUCCUAUGUCAUCAGUGGCUGUUUGUUCUCCAUUCUCUUUCCUCUAUUUAUAAUAAGUGCAAAUGAAGCAAAGACCCCACUGAGACCAUUUCAUUUCCAGCUCCACCUCUUCUCCUUUGUGAUCAUGCUCAGCAAUAAACUCUUUCACAAGACGGUUCAUAUCCAAUCUGCCAUGACAACAACAGGGUCGUCUGAGCAUCUGCCAUCUCCUCACUCAUCCCCUGCCAAACAACGAUCUACAACGCAGCAGUAAACUUCAGUUGAGGGUAUAAUGCCUCUUGCCCCCUCCCUUUGCAUCGGGUUCUCACAAAUGAUCCACAGCUCAAGAAGGCAGGACUGUUCUACUGGAGACUUUGUUAAUGAGCAGCCACACUUCAUGUGGAUUCCAGACCUGCCUUUCACCUGUCCAACACCCCACCUCUCUGAAUUCUUGUGCAAUUCUCCUACGUGUUAGCAAACUGGGAAGUAGAAGACUUGAACUUUCAUCUGAUUUUCAAGUGGUACACUUUUAUGUAUAAAGCGUUUUAUAGAAUGCAUGAGUGAGAGAGAACUUGUGGCAAAUGUUAGCUGACUUGUGCCUGAAUGUUACAUUUGUAUACAUUUGUGCCAAGUGUGUGACUUACAGAACAUAAUGUGUUUCGCUGUUGUUUUGAGGGGGUCAGGGUGAGAGGAAAGGUGUGCAAGGUUGUGAACAUGUAACCAUGCUUGUGUCAGUAUUAGUCUCACUCCAGAUAACCAUCAGGGAUUUCAUAAUGAAAAUGGUAACUUUCUAGUUCUGGUUCAAUAUUAAAACUAAUAAUUAUGGUUAAGUGUAUUUGUGAUCCCAUUGAGUUAAUGAAGAAACCUGAUUUUUUUUUUAAUUCAGUGAUUCUUUUUGAAGAGGGAUGGAGUACUGCAGUGUGGAAUUUACAAAAUUUUAUUCCUUAAAGACUGACAUUAGAAGUUAAUUCUCAUAUAAAAAUGUGCUCUGAUUUAGACUGUCCCAAGCCCAAUGUGUUUUUUUCAUAUGUUAGGAAUCACUGAGCCUGCAUUGACAGUGUUCAUACCACAGUCAGUUCUGAUGUAAUGCGUCGGUUCCAUCCUCCUGCAAUCUCACAUUAUAAGGAAAUUGUGCCAUAGCUGCACCAUCUAAAAUAAUGGGGUCUGAAUCGCGUUAUAGCCAAGACAGGUAAGGAAAGGUCGCAAUCUACAAAUAACGGUCUAAAUUCUUCAAUCACAUUGUAGUCAAUUUGCUUUGAAGAAACACUUGUUAUAGCAGAACUGACAAUCCUUACAUUUCAGAUAUGUGGCUAAAUGGUUGGCUGAUGCUCCAUGAACAAAAGUUGAGUUGUGUGAAUACUGUAAAAGCAAAUUGUAGGUCAGCACAAUGACUGACAAAUGAAAGGUCAAACCCAACCAUCUUCUGAUCUAUCGUCCAUUUGGUAAGAUCACGUUUUGAUCCUGUCCAAAUUUUAUGGUUUAUUUAAGUUCUUUUCUCCUUGCUGUUUCUUGCUGCUCAACCCUCUCCUUUUCCAGCCCAGCCCAAUCUGGCCAAACCCCUUUAAGGUAGUCUCACUUUGCCUUAAAUUUACUGUUGACCGUAUUUUGUCUUUGGCCAGAUUGAAGGUUAUAUUAAACUCUUUGAUACAUGUCUAGGUUACUUCUGUAAUAGCCGUACUAUUAUGUACUAGCUUUCAAGUCUUCUCAACGUGUGACCAGUUCCAACAGUUUGGAGUGUAGUGUUCCCUUAUGGCUGAGAGAUGGGAUUCUGACAGGUGAGGAAAGAGAACCGACUGUUGCUUCCUUCUGUGCAGAAUGUCAUUGGUGGGGGUUUACAUAUAGCUUCCAAAAUUGGAAGAAUGCAUGUUUAUGAUGGAAAAAAGUAUGACUAAAAAAAAACACUCAAUCGUGAAAGUUUCUGGGUCAGUAUCAGUCAUGUUGACCAGUAAUCAGAAACAGUUAGUAACUCUACCAUGACAUACAAUGGAGCAGACUGUUCUCCUUUUACCUGGAAGAUCUGAAGUUGGGUUGGUCAGCUUGGACGAGUUGGACAUAGGGUCUGUUUCCGUGCUAUUUGACUCUUAUGAUUUUAUGUAUGGGUGGACCAGGUGGGGUGAGGGGGUGUUGUUGCACUGUUCUGUUUGCACUGACAACUGCUUAAACUUCACUGUAUACAGAGGCCACAAGAUAUUCUAAAGGCACUUGUCCAUCCUGAAGGAGCCAGCUUUGUCUCAUUUUAAGACCUUUCCAGAGUUUUCAUCCCCAGUGCUCUACCCAUAAUCUGAUGCUGUGACUUCACCUUGUGAAGCAGAAAUUCCUGGCAUGAGUCACACAUUUGCCUCUGAACCUCCUGUCACAAUUUUUAAUUUGAGAUUGUGUUCUAGAUCAUAAUUACUCAGGAUCACAAUUCACAUCUGUUCCUUACCAGGCUGAGAAGCCCACACUGCUCGUGUUUCUUUCACUUAUCUCCAUCCUCUAUUGAGCUUUGCAGCUUCUGUCUGGUGAGAUGCCUCUAGGGCUGCAAUGUUUGCCACGUUUCUUGUAAUCAAGACUAGUCAAAACAACUUCCUGUGGUGUACUGAAGGAGCUCCACUUCAUUUCAACUGGUUGAUAAAAGGUAUUUAAAAUUCUGCAAUCUUGAAAUGUAAUGAAUGUAGUUGAGCAAACUUUUAAACUUUGUGCAUCUAUUUAAAAAAAAAGCAUAUCUCAUGAUCUACUGUAGUCGGUGCUAUUCACUAGCUGAAACAUGUAUUGCUGGAAAAGCGCAGGUCAGGCAGCAUCCAAGGAGCCGGAGAACUGACGUUUCGGGCAUAAGCCCUUCUUCAGGAUUCCGAAAUGUCGAUUCUCCUGCUCCUUGGAUGCUGCCUGACCUGCUGCGCUUUUCCAGCAACACAUGUUUCAGCUCUGAUCUCCAGUAUCUGCUGUCUCCACUUUCUCCUAGGUGCUAUUCACUAGGUUCAGCAGAUUCCUGUUAUCUUGACUAUGUAACCCUCCUUUAGCCACUGGGUCCCUAUAAUGGGGAAUGAUGAUAAUAAGGAGGAGAGCUGCAGCCUCUUUCCAAUACCACAAACAGUCCCACCUUGAGUAUAUGCACCAUAAAAUGAGAAACCAAUGUGUUUAUGUGUGGAUGAGACUUUUUUAAUCCAUUGUGGGAUAUCUGAUUGUGCCUGUUCACAAUUAGUAUACAGUAGAACGUAAGUUUUAAGAACUAUGGAACCAAACUAUGUCCCUAACUUUAUCAAAAAUUACUUACAUGAAGCAACAUUUUAAAAACAGUAAACCUUAAAUUUCAGAAAGAGAAAACAGAGUAUCCUGUACCAAGAUAACAUGCACUGUUCUCCACUAUUUACUGAUGUUUAUUUUGAUGUCAAUUUGGAUCUAUUGCUGCACCACACUGAUUAAUUAGCUUUGAACAUGAAUCUUGGUAAGAUUUCUUGACCUUGAGUGCUUAGAACCAGCUUCUCUGCAAAAAGAUUGAGUGACUGAAUGGCUUACUCCUGCUCCUGUGUCCCUGUGUAUGCACGGACACAAAGAAUUACAUGCAUCUCUCUCAAAUACCAUCAGGAUGCUGACCAUCCAGGAAUAUCACUUUUAUCGGAUUUAUAAAAUAUUGAGGAAGUACUGUCAAAAUCUCUCAGCCCAUGUUUGACUGUUAGUAUUGAGAUACCACAGCCCAUGAAAUAUUGAGUUGGACCAAUUGUUAAUGUUCUACACAAGUUGCAAUUUCCACUUGUGGAAUUGCUGCAGCUUGUUAGUGAGUGGGGUAGAUCAUUCUCUUUAUAAGUAAGUUGUGUUGUAUUGAUCUCUUGACAAUGUCUAAAAUGCAAGCUGAAAUAUAGGACUACAAGGACCCUUUUCAUUGUAUUCUGUUGCUCACUGUCAUUCUGUCAUCAGUAUACACACACACCUCCCUUCCCUCUCGCGUGUCGUGCAAUUUCCUCAGUUUGUCAUAUUGUUUGUUUUUCAGUGGUACUUCUUUAGAAACCCUUUUAUUAAAUGCCGCUUCAUGAUUCAAUCCUAGAUAUUCAUUACUAUUCUUGUGAGCCACCUGAACUCCUCCCUUAGAUUCCACUCUGUAGUUUCUUCUCCGAUAUCCAUUCAUGAAUUGAUACUAAUUUCUGUAACAAAGAAAUUCUGAUUCAAAAGAAAUCUGAGCUGUUAUAUCUCUGAGUAUUAGCAGUACCCUGGCAACAGGCUGCUUUGCAUGUAUGUAUGUUGUAUUAUACAAUGCAUUUAUUGAUAUGACGUUGGCAUUCAGCCAAGUGCUGAAAUCGUGACCCAUAUGGGUUGCAUGGUGGCUCAGUGGUUAGGGCUGCUGCCUUGCAGUACUAUGGUCCCAGGUUCGAUUCCAGCCUCGGGCGACUGUCUGUGUGGAGUUUGCACAUUCUCCCCGUGUCUGUGUGGGUUUCCUCCCACAGUCCAAAGAUGUGCAGGUCAGGUGAACUGCCCCGUGCUAAAUUGCCCAUAAUGUUAGGUGCAUUAGUCAGAGGAAGGGAGGUUACUGUUUGGAGGGUCGGUGUGGACUUAUUGGGAAGUGUGGACACUGUAGGGAAUCUAAUCUAAAUGGGUCACUUUAAUGCUGUGAGGCUGUUUCUUCCAUCAAGUUAUUGACAUAUCAAUUGAAAGAGAUGGCACCUGAAACCCUGUCUUUAGUCAAUAAUUCUGUUGGAAAUCUAUCCACAAUUAUCGUGCAGGCUGAAGAUAGGUUUGUUUGCAUUCAAAAGUUCUGUAAGUUAAGAGACUGAUAUAACUGACGUUUAUUAAUUUACAAAAGGGAGCAAGAAACAAAGCAGGUUUCUGGGCAUAGUUACUGUCAAAUUAACACAUUUGAGACCAUUUGAACUAGCAGUGAUGAGUGCAAGUGUCAGGUUAAACUAAAAUCAAAUUGGGAAAAUUAUGUUUUUAAACCAAACGUGGAACAAUGGAAUAAGAAAAGCAAAAGUUGAGCAACUGGCCCUGCAAUUAGCACUUGCACUGAGACCAAAGGGUUAAAAUUCAGUUUUGUUCUUCUUUCACGUCGUUUAGAAUUCUUGUAAAAUUUCCUAGAGCACGACCUGGAUGAAGGUGUUAAUCUGAUGCCUGUUGGUGACCUGCUUUGAGCUGGAACCACUGGAGAGCAAUCAGGUGUGUUCGCCCUGCUCAUGUUUCUCAUUAUCCUCUGCAUUGGCCCUCCCCCUUUGAUAAUCCAGGGCUGAGGCAGUUUUAGAACUCCCACUGUCACCUGGUCAUUCAACACUGAACAGGGAUUGACCAUAUUGGUCUCCUCUCCCUCUGUGUUAGUCUGUGUAUCACAUCAAAUAGCACACAUACCCCAUCCCGUACAAAUUAAAUGUACCUAUAAUCUGCCAUUUCAAGUCUUUGGUUUUAUAGUAGAUUUCAGCAACUUGUACAGAAAAGUUUGAAACCAAAAUGUUUGGGCUGUCAAGUAGAUAAUUAAUUCAAACAAGCUGCACUUAAUGCGCAAAGUCCCUGCCUUUAGAUUUAAAGCAAUAAAAUUCCAAAUCAAACAUUUCGAAGUUUGGUUCCAUAAAAUCAAGAGAAACAGCUAAUACAGUUCUUUAUUUGAUUUGUGUUUGUUUACUUCACCUAUAUAUCUAAAUUAUAGAUGAUAUAUACUUAGCAGUGAAUUCAGAAGAAACAUUCAUUUGGGAACUGUCUGGUCCAGGAUGUGAUCAUAAUGUUUGCUUGAAAUUAAUUUUACUUUGACUCUUCAGUGCUUCUGGAAUGUUAUAUUUAAACAAUAUAGUUAAUGGUUAAAUUAAACACUAAAGUCCAUUUUCAAAGAAGAUCUGGAUACUCUCUUUAUCUUGUGGUACAGUUCACUAGCACAGAGACUUAAAUUACCAAUUACUAGAAUCCUGCACCCAGCUCCAAUCCUGAUCAUAACUGGAACUUUUUUUUAAAGAGUUGAAAAUGUUGAAUUUUAUACACAUUUGGCAUAAUUUUACCUGAUUGCAAGCUGAGACACUCUUAAAUACUAUCAGACCUCAUUGUCCCAGCCCCUUUGAGGAUACUUGCCCCAGUGAAUGACCUUCCUUUUAUAUUAAAGGAUACAGCAGGAGUCAUGGCAGAGGUCACCUCCAUGUACUGUAGACGGUAUUCACCUGGAUCUAUAACAUAGUGGUAGCAUCGAAUGCUUCUUUCACUUUGAGUUGUUUCAAGCUGUGUUGUGUCUGCCUCACAGAAAACUGACCUUAACAUGGUCAUAACUCAAUGUUUCUCUUGUAUUUUGUGUGACUUGUUUGUGUACUUGGUAAAACUAUCAAUAUUGUGGUUUAUGUGAAUUAUUAACCUGCCAGUUAUGUGUCUUCACAGCUCCAGCAGUCAUUGGGUUAUUACUAUCCCUCUGCUCCUUUUCUCAGCUUAAAAUACAUGCUUUAAGCAUUUAAUUCAUGGUAUUCCCCCACUGUGAGGUGUAGUUCAGUCCAUAAUGUUGUCUAAGCUAUGAAUUCAGUCCCUUUAUUCCCUUUGGUUCAGGGAUUACAGCCUGUAGACAUUACGACAUUUAAUGCAGCUUUUCAAUCGUUUCACCUGGAGAUGCAGAAAAGCUGCAAACAGAUUUUCCUCUUCCACUUCAGACUCGGAGGCCAGUUAAUAUUUAGUCAAAUCUGGGAUUGUUUUUAUUUUCCUGAUGCUAGCAAUCUAACCACUGCUCAUUUGACAGGGCUCCCAUGUGUAAAGUCCUGUUGAGAUGAGAAGGCUUUCUUUCCCUAUUACAGACCAUUCAGAAAGCUCGCAAGGCAUUGCAAUACCCUGUUCUGUGAUGUACCAUUACAUUUCUACUGGUCUGCAGCAAAGAGAGAUUGCAGCUGUCUUGAUAACUGAAAAUGUUGCCUCACUACUGAAAUCUGUGUGAAUUGCAGAGAGAUGGACAUUGCUAAAGGCUUUCUCUUCACAUGAUCCUACCCACUCCCCAAGGUUAGUCCAGUCAGGCUCAGUGUGAGCAUAUAAGCAUGAGGUUUAACUUUGGAGCGUAACUCCAAAAUGCCAACAAGAAUGCUAACAUUAAUCAUGUUAGGAAUCACUGAUCAUUAAUUAUUGUGCUCCAACUUUUACUCAGGCUGAGAUCAGCGAACUCAGCACAGCCUGGGCUGUGACCUGGGACUCCUUAUUUGGUUUGAAUCUAUUGGACAACACGCAGUAUUAACUCACUAAUUAUACAGGGAGCCACCCUCUUCAACAAAUAUUUUAAAUGGUACAACUUCCUAUAACAAACCAAAAAAGGGAGAUAAAAUAUUACUUCUAGGUAGAGGGUGCUGAUGGACAAUGUCCAUAAAUUUCAGAUCAAGCUGCUUUUGCCCCUUUUAUAUGAAGGACAAUUAGUGUAUUUGACUGUAUUUUAAUGUGCAUUUUCAGAUUUCAUAUAAAGCAUGUUGUUUUCAAACUACAGCAAGCUUGAGCUGUUCAACUUUCUCAAAAAAAGAACAAGGUCUUACUCAAUGUGCUAUGUUUUGUGAACUUAUACAAAGUAAUUUUAAAAGUUGUGUUUGACACAUUGUGUGCUUUUGUAAUAAGGACUUUGUCCUCAGCCCCUGUUGCAGACUGAGGAUGAUAUAAAAAUGGAGCUCAAAAUGUAUUUGAUAUGUCAGUGUACAUGCCACUUAAUGUGAAAAUAAA